GGUGGGGGUCCGUUCACUCAGCGAAGCGUAAUUGUUGCAAUACCAGAAGUGCUGUGCAAGUGCCAUAUAACUAACAGUGUUGACGUCAUCACGAGUAGUGUAGAUUAGAAAGCGAGGAAACGAAGUUUGGUGAAUUUAUUUGACCAAAAACGCAACUGCCUUUCAAUAAAUAAAUGGAAAAUAAAAUUGAAUAAUAAAACAUUGCUGGAAGUGGAAGGAAAAUGUUCUUGAAACUGGUUAUUUUCAUCUGCGCUUUUGUUCUGCGACUUCUCGUCGUCGACGGAUACCUGCUACAAGAUUACAUCAUGAAGGAGCAGGAGGUAAGAAACUCUAUCAUGAGGAACUAUGACAAGACAACCAUGCCCGCCAAGUUGACUACAGUUAGACUCAGAAGGAUUACUAUCAAACACUUCGAUAUGGAUGAAAUCAGCCAUACGCUCGCUGUUGAUGCAUGGUUUAUUUAUGAAUGGACGGAUCCCCGCUUGAAAUUCCAGCCUACGCUUGAUGUCCUAAAACUGUCAAUGUCCCCUAAUGAUAUCUGGAUGCCGGACCUGAAGCUCUACAACGACGCUCAUCCAGGAGCCGUUACCUUAUUCGACGAUACCUUGACCCUGGUUUACCCUGACGGGAGAGUCCUUCAUGCUCCACCCGCGAGACUCCACACGACCUGCGUCGCUGACCUAACCCUGUGGCCUCACGACCAGCACAAUUGCUCCAUCGUCCUUGGGUCAUGGGUACAUCACGGCCACACCAUAGAUCUUCGCUUGCUGGAGAACAAACCAAAGGUUGAUCUGAGUCAGCAGCAGACUCCUGGAGGGAGAAACAUAUCACGUGGAGAAUGGGAAUUGGUGAUGACCUCUUUGAUCAGGAUGGAAAACAGCUAUGAAUGCUGCCCUGAGCCCUACGUCUCCGUCUGGCUGACCCUUGUGGUAGUACGUGAUGCCCCUGCCUUUAACUGGACUGUCAAGGUCCCCGUCGUAGGUUUGAGCAUCCUCUCCAUUCUCUUGUUCCUCCUGCCACCUGCUGCAGGAGAAAAGCUAAUCCUUGGAGGUCUUUGUUUACUCAUGGACCUAGUGUACAUCGAGACGGUCACGACCACGGUUGCUCACUCGCCCUCGCAUACACCUCUUAUAAUUCAGCUAGUGUGCCAACAGUUCGUCCUGGUGCUGAUAAGUGUGAUCAUAGGAUGCAUAGUCUACAGGAUGGUGCAUGAACCCCAUAUCGGUGGAUUACCCACAAUCCUUCAUCGGCCUCUAUCCAAGAUGGCAACUCUACUUUGUCUGAAAGGCUAUAACAAUCUUGUCUCCGGUUUCCGACGGACUCUCCCACGCUCCCUGAAAUCCGAGGAACUGGAAUUAGGGAAUGGGAAUGUCAUUCCACACAGCGUCAAUGAUUCCAUGAUCAGGAACGAGUGGUUAUUCCUCGGGGCCCUCAUCGAUCGCAUUUGCUUGAUUUUGUGUUUUACGAUCUGCCUCUUGAACUUCAUUCGCUUUCACAGUGUGCUUUAGCUUAUGCGCCUUUCUCUGUUUGUUUGUUUUUUUUUUUCUUGAGGGCAUGAGUCUUUUAGAUUGUGCUUUCAUAUCUUCCAAGCGCGCAAUUAUUUCUUCGUAAAAGAUAGCUGGGUUGCUGGUAUAAUCUGGCUUUAUGCAAGUGUGUAUCCCUGCAGUGUCAUUGGCGGAGAGUGGGGCUCAGGAGUGAGUUGCUGAUGACAAUAUGUUCAUGUGAACAGGAGAACUGUUGUGGAUCUCUGGGCUUGACCUACAAACCAAGACCGGAUGUGAAUGUAGAAGCUGUAUUAUGUACACGAAUUAAAUUGCUUUUUGCUUGAAUAUAUGAUGCAUAAUGUUCACCAAUACGUACGUAUGGAGGUUUCGUCACCCACGAUAGUUUUUCCUGUUUAUUUCUGUUUUUCUGCUCGUCAACAAAAUGACUCAAAACAGAAAUGAACCAGUCAAAUGAACUUGUUUGGAAAGGUGGUCUAGUCUUCAAGGAAGGGAGGGUUACAAUCUGAGAUGACCCUGGAUUCGGAAACAGAUCAGGGAUUGUUUGUUGUAACUAGAGAUAGCAUUUUCUAAACACUGGUAUACUCGUCUAAUUUCUCAAUAAAAAAAAAAGAUAGUCAGCCAUGCAGUAUAUGACAGUAUUUUCAAGUAUUUUCAGCUGUGCAGAAUAAAUGUCACCUUUCACAUUAUAUUUUCCAAUCUAUGCGAUUAAGCGGAUCCGCUUGAUAACAAUAGGCAAUACGUUCAUAGGAGUUGUGAUUGACGGAAGUAUGCUCUCUCCUGCUAGGUGUAAGGAAGUAUAUUUUUGGUCAGGCGUCAAAACUAUUCGUGGGUGAACGAAACUUUAUGACUUUGGAGGAUGCAGUGGUUUGUCUUUAAGGGCAUGCGUCCACACAAGCAAUCAUUUGUAGUCAUUCAAUGUAACGACUACUUUGUCUGUGAAAUAUUGCUUUGAUUUGCUUUGUGUACUGUUUUCUUGUUAGUUGAUUUCCCUCUCUUGGUCUCUGAUUACUGUAUCGUUAUUUUCAAUUGUAAGUUUUUAGAUAAAACAUUCAUUAUUGAAAACAAAGCUAGUUGAUGUUCAUUGCAAUAUUGUUUCAUGAAAUAUGAUAACAACUGAAUAUUAAUCACGAUCUCUUACAGAGGUGUUAUUCAAGUGUUAUUCUAGAAAUAUUCUUUCCAUACUUUUCAAAAUAUUUUGUUAUUUAAGAAUCAUUUUUGGUUUGUUUGUUUGUUUUAUGAAUUGUUCACAUGUUGUUAUACUUUACCGAAAUUUUUAAAUUAACUAUUUUGUUAUGCGAAGUGAAGCCAUCAUUUAUAUUGAAGUUCCUAAUCCAAGAAUUAUAUUGUGCUUAUUAUCCUCAAGUGAAUAAGCUCAUUUCUCUGCUACUCCGAGAUUCUUAGGAGUUAAUCCUAGAUAAAAUCUUGAUGCAUGCGAGAAAGAUUUUUAUUACAUUCCUAUUGUAAGGCUUUAAGAAUGAUUUCUUAUAUUGUGAAUUUUAUUCUGCAAUAAAAAAUUAUCCAUAAAGCUUU